UUUCCAUAACAUUCGACAAGCAAAAAGAUGGCGGAGUGGGAUGAGUUGAGUGGGUUCCUGGCUUGCGCUCCUGUGAGCGAACGCCAGCUGCCAGAGCCAUGGCACAGGCUGCAGGAUCUGUGCUGUGAGUUGCCAGAGACGAUGCCCGCGCUUCCCACAGCCACAGCUCCGAUGACCAAGGAAGAGUUCCGGCAACGAGUGGUGGAUGCUGCCGAUGAUGCACUCAAGCAGGCGUGCGGCACAGAGGACACAAUUGACGUGGAUGUAGUGACAGCCGUCAUCAACUCCACCUUAUCCACGCCUCAGCGAAUGCACCUGUACCACGUCAGCAGCAUGCUGGUGAAUUCAUAUGCAUGGUGUGCUGGUGAAGAGCAUGCGCCGGACGCGUUUCCCAGAUCUCUCAGCCUUCUCAUCUGUUCCAUCGCCAGGGUGCUUGGCACGCAACCGAUUGUGACGCACGCUUCAGUGGUGCUGUACAACUGCGUUCCAAUAACUACCUGGCAGGCUGUCAAGAAGGCGGAGGACAUGAAAACGCUACACACAUUCACUGGCAGCGAAGAUGAGAAGUGGUUCUAUCUUGUCACUGCAAUGAUUGAAUUGGAGGCUGUUCCCGCCCUCAAGGCCAUGCAGACACUCUGCAGCCAGCACAGUACGCUUCCAUCACAAGGGGUGGCGGUGGUGAGCGUUGAGGAUGUACGCGGCGAGGUUGUGCUUGUGCAGGAGUCCAAGACUGGGGCGGUGCACAUCAACACCAGCAACCCGGAGCAGGGCACCGUGAUGAUCAACGGCGCAAACACGAGCGAGCUGUACAACUUGGCGCAGGCACAGCAUGCCGUAAUCGCAGCACAGCAGCGCACCAUCUCAGCGCAGGAGCGCGUGAAUGCCGAGCAGCAGGCCAAGCUGCGAGCACUGCAAGGCCGCGUGUGUGCAGCGGCACGUGCAUCGGGCUCGGAGGCGCUGGCCCCAAGCUUAGACAUGAUCAACAUUGCUGGGCUGGGUAUGGGCUUGCUGCGAUGGGUGGGCGGCGUGUUGCUGGACAACGGUCGCAUCUUUGCCGCGCCCUUCAACUUCGACCGCGCGCUUGUCGUGGACACCGUGACUCACGCCGUGGACACGACCAGCUUCACGUUUGACAGGGAGCCCUUGGACUUGCUGUAUGCGAACAGCCUGGUUGGCUCUGACGGCCGCGUGCUUGCCUUCCCCGGCACGCACCGGGAGUUCCCUUUCCGGCUCAAUCCGAGGACCAACGCCACAGAAACGGGCCAGUUCUCCUUCCGAGACAAUACGUCGGAUGGCUUGUGGGUGAGCGGCGUCGUGGCGCGAAAUGGCAAGAUGUACGGCGUGCCCUUUGCAGCCACCUCUGUGCUCAUCUUGGACCCCGUGUCCAACGACACGGACACGACGGCCAUGAGCGGCCUUUCUUCACAGGGCGAGAAGUGGAUCAGUGGUGUGCUUGCAGACAACGGCAAGCUGUACUGCAUCCCGUCCAAUGCUGAUGCCGUCCUCGUGAUUGACCCGGAGGCCAACAGCACGGACGCGACGACGCUGACCGUGUCGGGCGACACGCACCAGUGGCGAGACGGCGUGCUUGCUGGCAAUGGCCUGAUCUUCGGCAUCCCGUAUGACCACGCGUUUGUGCUCGUCAUCAACCCAGCCCUGAACACGACCGACUAUGCGAGCAUCGGCAGCUUCAUUGGACAGAACAAGUGGGCGGGAGGUGUCUUCCAUGCAGCGACUGGGCGCAUCUUUGCCAUGCCCUACUCUGACAGCUCCCUCCUCAUCAUCGACACAGCGACCAAUGGCACGGCCACCAUGACCGUUGCUGGUGGCGAGAGCAAGUGGUCAGGUGCCGUGCUUGCCGACAAUGGGCUCAUCUACGCCAUCCCCAGCUCUGCCACCUCCGUUCUCGUCAUCGACCCAGGUUGUUGA